AUGGUUUUUGCUAAAGACCACUUGCUAAGAGGAAGCUAUGUACAGACUAAUGAACCAGCUGAUGACGAGGCUUCAACACAGACAUCUGAUGAACCCGGUUCAGAGUUACCAGCUGGUUCUGGACACAACUUCUCUGUUAUGACAGAGCUCUAUGAGACAAAUCCAAUCAUUACCUAUUUUCUUGAAGUGCAGCCAUGUAAUAGCACUGAUCUGAAUGCAGUGGGUUGCAACAAGAGUACACAAGACACAUACAACAUCUCAGAGGGGUCUGUUGUCUUCCUCAAAGGCCUGCUGGUCACACGUCUCAUGCCCUCGUUCUACAUCUUCAUCAUCCUCAUUAGUUUGCCCCUGAACGCUUUGGCCCUGGUGGCGUUCACCUGUAGGAUCCGAGAGAAGAAACCAGCGGUGAUCUACAUGUCUCACCUGGCGUGUGUGGACCUGCUCUUCACCCUGCUGCUGCCUCUGAAGAUCCACUACCAGCUGAACUCUUCAGAUUGGGUGUUCGGUGAGGCUCUGUGUCGUGUGAUCAGUGCAGCUUACUACUGCUACAUGUACUGCUCCAUACUGCUGAUGAUGUGCAUGAGUGUGGACCGGCUGCUGGCCGUGGUGUUUCCCAUCGCCUCUCUGACCUGGAGGAGCACGAGGAAAGCCACAUGUGUGUGUGUGCUGGUCUGGCUGCUGGCGCUCGCUGGUACUGUGCCACUGCUCGCCAUAACACAAACAUUCAAGAUUAAGGAUGUGGGCAUCACCUGCCACGAUGUGCUGUAUCACACGCAGCUGUAUGCGUACCUGUUCUCCAUCCUCUCCUGCCUCUACUUCCUCUUGCCUCUGGUUGUCACCAUAGUGAGUUACUCUACCAUCAUAUAUGUGCUUUCUACAAAGAAUGAUAACUUGUCAACAUCAUAUUCAGACAGACGAAGGAAAGCUGUGAUUAUGGCUAUAGCUGUGCUGAUGGAGUUUGUGCUGUGCUUUGCACCAACCAAUGGCAUCUUGUUGUACCACUGUGUUCGUUUAGUCAGCGGAGGCAGCAGUGAGGAGGGGAAAUACUACCUGAUAGCUGUCUGUUUGGGAAGUGCUAGUGUUUUUCUGGACCCUCUGUUGUAUUACUAUGGCUCGUCUCAGUGCAGGAAGCAGAUCAGCUGUCUGAUCUGGUGGAAGAAGACAAAAAGCUCAACCACAAUAUCAAACACAAACAGUCAAACUAAAUCCUCUGAGCUUAGCUGCGAGCACACCCCGGCUCACAUUCAGGUGUGA